UCGUGAUAGUUUAUGGUAUGAUUGAAUGAAAUGUUGACAAAACAUGACAAUAUUUACUUCUUUUAAUCUGUUGGUGCUUUCUUAAUAUGUCUGGUAGAACGAAGAAAAGAAUUGUAGGUAAAAUAUCGUGGGGCCCCAGAAAAAGUCACCUAAAAGAGAAUGGCGCGUCCAGCAAUAAAAUGCACCCCAGCGUGUACCAUGCCCUGGUUGUCAUCUUCCUGGAAUUCUUUGCCUGGGGUCUUCUCACAGCCCCCAUGAUCGACGUUCUGAAUGAGACGUUCCCCAACCACACGUUUCUUAUGAAUGGACUGAUACAGGGGGUCAAGGGUAUGCUGUCGUUCCUCGCUGCCCCUCUGAUCGGGGCCCUGUCUGACGUGUGGGGCCGCAAACCCUUCCUCCUACUCACAGUGUCUUUCACGUGCGCCCCCAUUCCCCUUAUGAAGCUAAGCCCCAUGUGGUACUUUACAAUGAUCUCACUGUCGGGCAUAUUUGCGGUGACAUUCAGUGUUGUGUUUGCCUAUGUUGCUGACAUCACGACAGAGGAGGACCGCAGUCAGGCGUACGGACUGGUGUCGGCUACGUUUGCAGCUAGUCUGGUCACCAGCCCAGCCAUAGGGGCCUAUCUGGGCCACAUGUACAGUGAUAACUUUGUUGUCUGGCUAGCCACAGCUAUAGCUGUUCUUGACAUUCUCUUCAUACUAGUAUUUAUACCUGAGUCUUUGCCUGAGAAGGUGCGACCUUCUUCAUGGGGGUCACCCAUUUCAUGGGAGAAAGUAGAUCCAUUUUCAUCUUUACGCAAGAUGAGCCAUGAUUACCUUAUCUUGUUGCUGUGUAUCACUGUGUUUUUGUCGUACCUGCCUGAGGCGGGUGAAUACUCGUGCUUCUUUGUUUAUCUGCGUUUAAUCAUGUUAUUUACUGAGGAGGAGGUUGCUGUCUUCAUAGCUGUGGUUGGUGUUCUGUCCGUCAUAGCACAGACUGUCAUAUUGGCAUUACUCAUGAAGUACCUGGGUCACAAGAAGUCCAUUGUGUUUGGGCUGCUCUUUGAGACGGUACAGCUCGCAUGCUUUGGUUUUGGAUCGCAGGACUGGAUCAUGUGGACUGGGGGGGCCGUGGCAGCCAUGUCCAGUAUUACUUACCCUGCAAUCAGCGCAUUUGUCUCUGCCCAUGCCGAGGCUGAUCAGCAAGGUGUCGCCCAGGGCGUGGUGACAGGUAUCCGAGGGCUCUGUAACGGGCUGGGACCAGCCCUGUUUGGGUUCAUCUUCUACCUCUUCCAUGUGGAUCUUAACGAGACUACAAACGUUGACACAUCCAAAGUGAAAACACUCAAUGCAUCUGCUAGCCACACACACAAGGAUUCUAUUAUCCCUGGCCCACCAUUUGCGUUCGGCACGGUGCUAGUGAUCAUAGCGAUGUUGGUUGCUAUCAAUAUCCCGGACAGUCCCCACCCCAAGAAGACUGGAGUCUCCAAGGCAGCCCUUCAGCUGCACCAGUCUAUGGAACAAGGUCUCCGUAGUGACAAGGAAGAUGUACAGCCCCUGAUGGCCGUCUCCGAGGAGGAGGUGUUAUGAUCACACCCUACAACAGGGCCAGGGGUCAACCCCUGGGGUCAGCAAGGGCUUUCAUCCGCUGUUAACAGAUAUCCAUAAUAACACAUGUCACAUGUUCAGAGCUUCAAAAAUUACCUUCGGAAAAAUCUACCUUAAAUAAUUCUAAGAUAAUAUUCCAGUUUAACCAUUCUGGGUGAAAUGCUGUUAUUUCUUUUAACAAAUGGUCGAAAAUUUGCCAGAUAUUAUAGUAUUAUUUGUGUUAAAGACAACUGUGUACAAAAAAGCUAAUAUGUACAACAUACUUUUAUGAUUUCUAGACUUGGACAUAGGUUGUCUCUUAAAAGCAUAAUGAAUACAGGCUCUAUGACAAAUAGGCGUGUCAUUGUGUGAUGUUACACAGAACAUGGCUUGUGCAUGAUGUAUGACAGAGAUUGUUGCUGAUUUAUCAUCAGUUACUCCCUUUACAGCCCAAAGAUAUGUCAAAAACCACUGUGUCAUAUUAUUGUUUAGUCUUUACAUUGCGAAGUAGAGAAUAACUAAGUCAACGGAGGCAGAUUGAAGUUAAUGGUGCUUCAUUGCAUGAAUUUCUCUUUCUUGCAUAUUAAAAAGUUUGGGAAACUAGUAUUAAGAGAAAAUAACUUGCUGUGUAAAGGUCUAUUUGUACAGUUGUAUUUUCAAAUACUGUCAUGUUUAAUCUGUUCUCUGUAUUUGUUCGCUGUCUGCUAAGUUUGGGUAAAUGUAAAUAUGUGUACACAAUAAGAUGGCAACUACUUAUGCCUAACCUAAAAUGCUUUGCCGUAUACAACAAUUAUAUAUUUUGCAUUAAACAACUAAAUCUUCCAUGAUUUUUGCUAAGUGCUUUUUGUGUAAGAUAUUGUAAUAUUGUUCAAAUAACUUCAUCUCAAUACCUCCAUACAACUUAAUAGAGAAUAAUAGGUUGGUGACGUGGAUGGAGAAUGGUUAUCUGGCAAGUCGGAGGAAUUUAUCGGUGGGCCGAAAGCGAACCAGAUAAGAUCCUCUGACGAGCCAGAUAACCAUUCUCCAUCCACGUCACCAACCUAUUAUUCUAUUUGUCAUGUCACAUUUAUUUCUUUUUAUUUUAUGCUUUUUUUCACCGUUUAUUUACACUGUAAAAGAGUUGAAUAACUGGAGAGUUUCGCUGGAAUAAUGACGUCAUUUCGUUAAAAAAAUGACGUCAUUUCACAGUAAAACAGAGCGACUGACGGAUAUUUGAGGUCAUGUUGUCAACUAGCCUAAUAUCUUUUGGGUUAAAUUUAAGUAAUGAUAAUUAAAUGGUGUAAAAUGUCUGUAAAAUUAUUAUAUCAAAGGGUAUUUGUUUGAUGUCAAAUGCAAUGUUUGCUUAUGUACAUUUUUGUAAAUCUAUUAAACUGUAUAACAUGUUUAUAAUUAAUCCAUAGGUGCAAUGUGUUUAUAAAUAAUUACAUAUUUUCAGGUGUAAAUAUAUAUUUUAAAUGUUUCAUGAAAAAUGAUUUGUUUUUAAAGUCUGUUAUGUGUAUCAGAAUUGUUAAAAUAUUUGAAGUUAUAAAUAUCUGCAUUCACUUCAAGAGCUUAUGUGGAAAUGAUAGUCAGCGCUUUGUCUUGUGCUAAUUAGGAAAAGAGCUUAUUGUGUUUUUUUCUGUUUAGUAUUGUUACAGAUUAAGCGGCUAUGUCUUGUCAGUUUUUGUGAUAUUGAAUUGUAGAAUAAGUUGUUGUUUAACUUUGUAUUAUUCAACUUGAUUAUUCUAUGUUUUGAUCAUGUUAAAGUGUAACCAUAUCUCAUGUUGCAUCAUUGUCAUCUCGGUCCUGAUAUUAAUAAAUUUCAUGCAGUUGUCUUGAACUGGGUACCGUUUUUCAGUUUAUUUCAUUUGAAAAAAAAGUAUUUAUUUCUCGAAGUUUUCAAAUGUAUGAAAAUAAUUUUUAGAUUGUUAAAAAAGAAAUUAUGAGACUCACUCAAGACUAUCCAAUACAUGUUUUAAACGAUAGGUAAAACUCUGACAAUGUUGGUUGAUAUUCAUCCACAUUUAGGUAUAACAGCAUAAUUGAUAACUAGAUAAGUACCAGGCAUAUUUGGUAAGCACAGAAGUGUUUUCUUUGAAUAGGAUUGCUUUCUUAACCAAGGCCAGUUUUCACAAAGAUCCUUGGGAAAACCUUAGGAAAUUCGUUAAAUUCAUUAAGUCCUUAAAUCUUUGGCUGAUGUAUUUUAUAAGGUUUAUAAACAAGUAAAUAUUGCUACAUUCAUUAAUAGUUUAACCUUUUGUUAGCAGAAAACACCAGAUUUCUUAAAGGAACUUGAUAUGAAAUGUUCUCAACAACUUAACUUUAGAUUUACAUCAUAAUAUUUGUAAAUAUCGGCCUAGGUUUCCAACAAAGUUGAAAGUCCUCAUUACUAGAUUGGGGUAUGGCGGGAGGGUGUCCCCAAACAGGUGAUUUUAGGUCGAUAACUGAAGUUUACAUUGACCCAUUUAGGGAAACUUCGAACAGUGUAACUUUCUUUACAAAAAAAUAAAUAAAUAUAGAAAGCAGUUUGCUCUCAAUAAUUUGAGUUAAAUGGAGAUAUUGCACUGGCAUUUUGUGUGCAGGUAGCUUUAAUGAUGACUUAGCCUGGGAUGGCAUUUGGGACCAGUGGCUCAAGGUUAAGAUCACUUUUUAUAAAUAGAGAAAACAAAGGAAACAGGUAUAUUCCGGAAAAUAUCAUUAGUUUGCAUGGACCAAUCUUGAUAAAACUAAGGAUAUUGCAAGCUUGCAUGAAGAACCAUCUUAAAGGUCCAUUAAGGAUCAAGGUCACUGUUUUCUAAAAUAGAUAAAACAGUUUGCGAUCAAUAACUUGUGAAAUUGACUCUAAAUUUUGUGUUCAUGUAGCUUACAAGAAGACCUAGCUUGAAAUGGCAUUUGGGUCCAGUCAGGCAAAGGUAACUGUUACUAAAACAUAGCCACGGUUACUAAAACAUAGUCACUGUUACUAAAACAUAGCCAAAAAAGUUUCAUUAUUAUAGUUUGCAUUGAGCGAUCCUGAUGAUGUAUAUCUGAUUUUUACCAUAAUGGUUAGCUUAGAAUACAAAUUAUGAAGUAUGUAUCUUUAUAUAUUGUUCUUAUUCGACUUUAGGAACCCAAAGCUAUAGUAUUAUGUUUAAUGUAUAUUAUGAUUUAUUUUUUAACAAAAAAAAUCAAGGUUUAGGAAGACAUACUGUUUUUGAAUGUCAUUUAAUCGUGUUCUAGAGUAUCAGUUUUUAUAACAAUAAUGUAUGUAAUGCCAUUUGUUUAAUUGCUCAUGUUAUCAUUUUAUGCGAUAAUAUUGCAUUUUAAAUAAAAUCAAAAUAUAGUGUUAA